UCAAACGCUGCCUCUUUGCUUUAGGUAAGUGCUACCACACUGAGGCCAUUUGCAGGAAUUUUACACAGCAAGAUAAACAAAUGCAAGCCCCUUAAGGAAACACAUGAACUGCAGGAGAGUCUCACAGAGAAUCCUUAGCAAAAAUCUACAUAAAGAGACUACAGAACAAUUCUCUACAAACCUUCUGUGAAAUGCAGCAUUGCUUAUUAGCAGGCUUGAUGGAAAAGCUCGUGAGAUAGAAAGUCUUGUCACUUUAUUUGUGUGUGCUUCCCUGCAUCUUAAGUUGCAGCUUCGGAUCCCUCAGGAUCAUGUGAGGCUGGGUUAUAUAUUAGAGAGCUGUGCUACAGUGCUGCGAGCGUGUAAGCCUAGCAGCUGGGUAGUGUUAUGGUUGCUGCUUUCCUGUGCUAAGCUGAUUUACUUGUUUAAGGUCUGACCUCAUCAUCCUGUCAGUAUGGAUCCCCACCUAUACAGUUAGCAGCAGCUUAGCAUCGGCUUGAAGAGCUUGCAGUAUAUUAAUCAGAAGAGAGAGGGAGAGAGCUACCGGUAUUUGUUCUUUUGUUGUCUUUUCUUAAGAAGAGGAGUUGAAACAGAAGAGAUAACAAAGAAUCCAUUUCCUUUCUGAAAGAAUAGGCUUUUUUUGUCCUUUUUUUUUUCCUCCUGGAAAAAAUGUCAGUAUCUGGCAAGAAGGAGUUUGAUGUGAAGCAGAUCCUGAGGCUCCGCUGGAGGUGGUUCAGUCACCCCUCGCAAGGCUCCACAGGCACGGGGGGCUGCCAUCAGCAGGAAGGAUAUGAGCACAGAGGGACACCGGUUCAGAACAGGUUGAAGAACCACACUCGGGACAGAAAUGGGCUGAAGAAAAACAGCAGUCCUGUCCACCACAACAUACUGGUCCCUGUGCCAGGUCCAACCCCAGUGCACCACCGAUCUAUUCAAACCUGGCAUCAGCAGAAUCUCAUAGAACAGCUUCGAUCAAACGAGGAUAUCCCUAAAACAAGCACUGAGGAAAACUGUCUCAAAGAAGAUCCAAGUAAAACCACACAGGAGUUGCAGAUGAUCACAGAAGAAAAUUCAGAUGAAUCUGCAGAGAGGCUGUCAACGACCAGCAGCUCCCUGCUUGGAAUGAACACCAAUGGCUCAGAUGAGUAUUUCCAGUCUACAAACCAUGCAGAGCAAACGUUCCGCAAAAUGGAAAGUUAUCUGCAGCAGAAGCAGCUUUGUGAUGUUCUUCUUGUAGCUGGAGACCAAAAGAUUCCAGCUCACAGGUUGGUUCUCAGUGCAGUGUCUGAUUAUUUUGCUGCAAUGUUUACAAAUGAUGUGCGUGAAGCCAAACAAGAGGAGAUCAAGAUGGAGGGAGUAGACCCUGAUGCACUGAAGGCUUUGGUGCACUAUGCCUACACAGGUAUUCUAGAGUUAAAGGAAGAUACUAUAGAAAGUUUGCUAGCUGCAGCUUGUCUUCUCCAGCUCUCCCAGGUUAUUGAAGUAUGCUGCAACUUCCUCAUGAAGCAGCUUCACCCUUCCAACUGCCUGGGGAUUCGCUCUUUUGGAGAUGCUCAGGGCUGCUCAGAGCUGCUGAAGGUGGCACACACAUACACUAUGGAGCACUUCACAGAAGUAAUAAAAAACCAGGAGUUUCUUUUGCUCCCUGCUAAUGAAAUUGCAAAGCUCUUGUCCAGCGAUGACAUCAACGUUCCAGAUGAAGAAGCCAUAUUCCAGGCAUUAAUGCUGUGGGUGAGGCAUGAUCUGCAAAACCGUCAGCGAGACCUGGGAAUGCUCCUUUCCUACAUCAGACUGCCUCUGCUUCCACCCCAGCUAUUGGCUGAUCUAGAAAACAGUCCGAUGUUUGCAGAUGACCUAGAGUGUCAGAAACUUCUUAUGGAGGCUAUGAAGUAUCAUCUUCUACCAGAAAGGAGGUCCAUGAUGCAAAGUCCUCGAACUAAGCCUAGAAAAUCUACAGUGGGUGCACUUUAUGCUGUAGGAGGUAUGGAUGCCACUAAAGGUACCACUACAAUUGAAAAGUACGACCUCAGGACUAACAGCUGGGUACAAAUUGGUACUAUGAAUGGCAGACGACUGCAGUUUGGAGUUGCAGUCAUUGACAACAAGCUCUACAUUGUGGGAGGAAGAGAUGGUCUGAAAACUUCUAACAUUGUUGAAUGCUUCAACCCCAUCACCAAAGUUUGGACUGUAAUGCCUCCUAUGUCAACACACAGACAUGGCCUAGGAGUAGCAAUGCUGGAAGGACCAAUGUAUGCUGUUGGUGGCCAUGAUGGAUGGAGUUACCUUAAUACUGUAGAAAGAUGGGACCCACAAGCACGGCAAUGGAAUUAUGUUGCUAGCAUGUCAACCCCCAGAAGCACUGUGGGUGUUGCAGCACUGAAUAGCAAGCUGUAUGCUGUUGGUGGACGAGAUGGGAGCUCCUGCUUAAAAUCAAUGGAAUGUUUUGAUCCGCACACAAACAAGUGGAGCAUCUGCGCUCCCAUGUCCAAGAGAAGAGGGGGUGUCGGUGUGGCGACCUACAACGGGUUUUUAUAUGCUGUAGGAGGUCACGAUGCACCUGCUUCCAACCACUGCUCUCGACUUUCUGACUGUGUAGAAAGGUAUGAUCCUAAAACAGAUGCUUGGACAACAGUGGCCCCCUUGAGCGUGCCCCGGGAUGCUGUUGGAAUUUGUCCUCUGGGGGACAGGUUAUACGCUGUGGGGGGCUACGAUGGCCACACCUACCUGGACACUGUGGAGUCCUACGAUGCUCAAAAUAAUGAGUGGACAGAGGAAGUUCCUGUCAAUAUUGGAAGGGCUGGAGCAUGUGUUGUUGUGGUGAAGCUGCCCUGACGACUAGAAAUAUUGUGACUCUGAACUGAGUGGAGGUUCACGAAGACUGAGUCAGGAAGAUACCAAACAUUUCCAGAAAGCACUACAGACUGCCCAUCACAGCAGCCCUCAAUGACAGAGAACAAUUAUUUCUGAGCCAUUGUGCUAUGAGAGCACUAAAGUGUCUUCCUGCACUACAGUAAUCAGAGAACUUUGCAUAAGUGAAUGAUUUUCUUUUGCCUAAACCAUAAAAAUUCAAUAAUCUGUUAAAUGGUUGCAGUUUGUUAGAAAAGUGUACCUGUUAUUUCUAAAAGGCAGCAGUACAGUGAUAAACUGCUGCAUGAGGUUUCAUACACAUUUUUCUUUCCUAUGUUGACAGAAAUGCUAAUGUUUAGAAAGAGCUUUUAUAUUUGAAGUACAAGAAAAUGAGCAACAGAGACCUGCACAGAAGGAAAUAUUUGCCCACAGACACCACUGGCAAUAGAAUAUUCUCUGCAAAAAUAAUUCAGUUCUGUAUUCAGAAAUGAAAUUACUAAGUUCACUUUAAAAUCAAGUCAGAGGAGCAUAGAAUUGGUUGCUGUUCUACCUCUGGCAUUGCUAGUACUGUGAUAGAAUACCCAUUUCAUAGAAUCAUAGAACAGCUUAGGCUGGAAGGGACCUCAGAGAUCAUCUACUCCAAGCUCCCCACCAUGGGCAGGGAUGUCUCUCAACUAAACUCAGCUGCUCAUCCAACCUGGCCUUGAACACCCCCAGGGCGGAGGCAUCCACAGCCUCCCUGGGAAGCCUGUUCAGGGGUCUCACCACCCUCACACCUAAGCUCCUGUCUAACCUGCUGUCCCCCAGCUUCAAACCAUUCCCCCUUCGCCUACUGCUAGGCACUCUCAUGAAACGUCUCUCUGCAGCCUUCCUGUAGGAUCCCUUCAGGUAUUGGAAGGCAGCUCUAAGAUUCCCCUCCAGCCUGAACAAUCCCACCUAGGCUGAACACCCCCAGCUCCCUCAACCCAUCCUCAUAGCAGAGGUGCUCAAGUCCUUGGAACAUCUUUAUGACCUCCUCUGGACUCUCUCCAACAGCUCUGUGUCCUUAUGCCGGGGACAUCAGAACUGGAGGUAGUAUUUGAGGUGGGGUCUCGAAUGAGCAGAGCAAAGAGGCAGAAACCCCUCUCUUGCCCUGCUGGCCACACUGCUUCUCAUGCAGCCUAGGAUAUAACUGAGUAGUGCAAGUUCAGAGACAGUAGAGCUAAGGUAUCUUCAUGUCAUUAGGUAUGUGCCAAUAGAAAGAAAUCUUUCUCUGUCCAAACACAAUGCUAAUAAAACUUGCAAUCAUUUCCACACGUGAUGUUUUAAUGCUGAUAAGUGUGCCAGGUUAUUCAUGGAUUUGUCUUUGCCCACUAACCACCUGUCAGUUCACAUUAGGCUAAUUUGGCUAUUCUUGGGAUAAUCACCGUGCAUUAAAAUUUAAAACAAUCAUAUAAUUACAUUCCUUGAAUAUAGCUUACAAAAGAGAAUUUUUAUAUCAUAUUGAUAUGACAAUCUUUGACCUCAGCUGAAGAUUACCAGCUUUCUCUCCUGUACAGAAGAACUAUGGUAAGAAGAAACCAGAUCCACUGUGUACCACUGUCUACCAUUUAUAUACACAUGUUUAUGCUUUUUUUUAAACUGAGGGGACAUCAAGAACAAGGAGGAAAAGAAUCACCUGAAAACAGCACAUGUUCCAUAUGCAUGUUGUUUUCUUUUGUGUGCCAACUUCAAAUGAAGCUUUGAUUUGUUUCAUUUUAAUUUCCUUUUUUAUAUGGUUCCAAAUGCUGAAAGUGUAUUUUAGAAGAAGAAUGUAUGUAAGAUAUUCUGUACUGUAAAGCACAAUAUUUGGACAGUAUCUACUUUAGUGUGUGUUAUGUUGUUUUGUUAGUAUCAGAGAGAGGAAAAUUCUCUGAAGGUGUAGACUAACUCUCCUGGUAGAUUACUGUGUUUUCAGAAUCCAGCAAUAUGCUAUUUUAAAAUGUUUGUAGUAUUAAUCCUAUGGAAUGCUUCUAAAAAUGAACUCUCAUAAGCUUAUUUAUAAAAGGAAAAACAUUUUUAACUUUAAAAAUCAAUUACCUUUACAUAUAGCAUGCUAUAUUCAAAUAAAGUUUACUUUCACUGCUAGAAGUACUUAGACCACAUUUUAACAACUUUGUGGGGUUUAUUUUACAGCUGUUCGAGACAAGAAAACACAGAAGUGUCAGUCUUGGUUUUGCACUCUAAAAGAACACAAG